CAUUUAGGGAGCGAUCAGUUUCUUCUAGAGAGGAAAAUGGUUUGUUUUGUGAUCUUCUGUUCAUAGUAAAUAUUGAAAUCGUCAGACUGCUGGCUAUCAGCUGAAAAUCCGGAUCAGACCAGAACCUGCAGGCCCUCAGCAGAAACAUGUCUGUCACCACCUGGGAGGUUCUCAGGGGCCAUCUUCUCAUACCUGAAGACAGGAACUCCAUUCCUGACCGGAAUAUACCAGGAGCUACAGGACUAAAAGAACAGGAGGAACCAGAACCACAGCAUACGACUUUGCUAAAAGAGGAACCAGAACCUCGACCAGCUGGACCAGAAUAUGUUGAUCUGUGGGUCCUUCAAGAUGAAGGCCAGCUUCUAAUGAAGCAGAAUGGGCUAGUUCACCGGGAAACAUUCCCCAAUGGUCCAGAACUGCAGAUCCGAGAGAUAAAAGAAGAAACGGAACCUGUAAGGAUCAAAGAGGAACAGGAGGAACCGGAACCGAUUCAACUUUUUAUCCUUCAGGAUGAAGGUCAGCUAUCGGUGAAGCAGGAGACCAGCAUCUCUAAGGUGGUUCCAGCUCAUCAGGACGUACUGCACAAUAUAUCAGAACUGGAUCCGAUGAUGGGAAUGAAGGAGAAACUUAAAGAAGAACAACUGGAACCUGAGACGAUUAAAAAGGAACCAGGAGCUGUGAUGAUUGAUGAGGACGAGGAGCAUCUCUGCAGCGAUCAGGAUGAUGAUCAGAUUCUGGUGAAGAAGGAGACUGACAGCUUCAUGGUGACUCCUGCUUACGGUGGACCAGAACCAUGGCAGAUAAAGGAGGAAGGAGAACCUGUGAAGGUUAAAGAGGAAAAUGAUGAUGACGACCAGUUUGAGUUGAAGCAGGAGGCUGAGGAGCCGUUCAAAGGGAGUACUGAUUUGGCCGUUCAGCCGUGUCCGUCUGCAGGGUUCUGUAUGCCUUUAAUCCUUCCAGCUCCUCCAAACAAACACAGAAAAAAACCUUAUUCUUGUGACUUGUGUGAUAAAUCUUUUAGAAGCAGGGCUCUUCUGGUGCGUCACUAUCGGACUCACACUGGUGAGAAGCCUUUCAGUUGUGAGCGGUGCGGUAAAUCUUUUCGUCAAAAACAGCAUUUGACUGUUCACCUUAAAACUCACGCAGGUCACAAGGUUUUUCUCUGUGAUUGGUGUGAUGAAUCGUUUAGAGGUCGGGGGGAUUUGGCACGCCACAAGAAAACUCACAAAGGUGAGAGGCCAUAUUCCUGUGACUUAUGCAACAAGUCCUUUGUGCAGCGUGCUACGUUGACUCGUCAUCUUGAAGUUCACGCAGAUGAGAAACCUUAUUCCUGUACAUUUUGUGCUAAAUCUUUCCAACAAAGCCUCAAUUUGACCCAUCACCUUAAAACUCACACCGGUGAAAAGACAUAUUCUUGUGAUUUGUGCAAUAAGUCUUUUAAGGACCUCAGUAAUUUGGCGUGCCACAGAAGAACUCACACAGGGGAGAAGCCGUACUCCUGCCAGUUGUGUGAGAAAUCUUUUCGACACAGUCAGACGUUGACGUCUCACCUCCGGACUCACACCGGUGAGAAGCCCUACAGCUGUGACUUAUGUGAUAAAUCCUACAGAUACAGCAGUAACUUGGCGAGUCACAGGAAAACCCACUUGGGCGAGAAGCCUUACUCUUGUGAGGUUUGUAAUAAGUCUUUUCGAAAAAGUCACGAUUUGACUCGUCAUGGUAGAACUCACACCGGGGAGAAGCCAUACUCGUGUGAUAUGUGCGAUAAAUCGUUUAGAGACCUCAGUAAUCUGGCCAGUCACAGAAGAACUCACACCGGGGAGAAACCGUAUCCUUGUAACAUGUGUGAAAAAUCUUUUAGAGACAGCAGUAACCUGGCUAGUCACAAGAGAACUCACAGAAACCAGAGGCAGUAUCCCUGUAAAUUGUGCGAGGAAACUUUCAUGCGUAGCGGUGAGUUGACUCGCCACCUUCAGACUCAUGCAGGUGGAAAGCCUUAUUCUUGUGACUUGUGUGAUAAAUCGUUUGGGCACAGCAGUAAUUUGGCUCGUCAUAGAAGAAGUCACAUGGAAGUAGUCCAAGUUAGUUCAAAAGGCAUAAAUUCAAAAAAAAAAAUCGAGGUGUUUUCGCACAGCAGUUAAUGUCUGAAUUGCUGACAGUGAAAUUGAGCAAACCUCUGCAUGAUAAUUAGGGCUGGGUGAUAUGCCCUCAUAUUACUUUAAUUAAAUAUUAAAGUCUUGUACCCAUUCCAAUUUAAACAUUCAACAAUGUCUCAUUGAACAGGACAUCUUUGCACAUCUUUGAACUCAACGGUAUGGCUGUGCUAAGAUUUAAGAAUAACCUACUGCUUAAACUGAGCUACAGGUGAAAAUCUACCAGGAAUAGGCUCUCAUUGCAGGGGAGGCUGGCUGAACAUGUUAUGUGUGAAAUCCAAAGAUCCUCUGCUAAAUAUAGAUGUUCGAGUGCUGCCAGCGUAGGUCAGCCUGUCGGUGCUCAGAACGUCCAACACAUCAAAUUGGUCCAAGAAGGAAGCCUCUGCCACUAACUUCCUGGUUUAGAUGGACACUAAGAGCCUCUACGUUCUUCCUAUGGAGCAUUUGUUUUCGUUGAAAUGUCUCCAAAAUGUCUAAAAGGUCUGUAGAUGUUAUUUCUGCGGAAUAUUUUUUAUCAACGGCUCUGAAAAAAUCAUCCGCAAUAAAGACCCUGUAGUGCAAACCCUUUGGUGGCAUUGUGACAAUGCCACAGAAUCACACCCAAACCAGGGACACAAACGCUGGGCAGAGUGUUAUGUGAGGUAAAGUGGUAACAUGCAGCAACAGAGAGAGCUGGAGCAUUUAUAAAGAUGAUCCAGCUCUCAUGAACAGGCUGAAACAUGAACGCAGAGUCAUCUGAUUUUUAUUAUUAUUUUAUCCACUUCCAAAACCCUGCAUUGUUUGAAUCCACAGAUUAAAAAAACUAUAUCUUUGUGAUUUAAUCUUUGUGUGGAUGGAGCCUCGGGCUGCUGGAGGACAUAGGGCUGCUGCAGCCUCGUUUCUGCUCCAUUCAGACUAUAAAUAGAUGAAGGAGCAAAAAUCUGCUGCAGCUGUCAGAGCUCUGCAUGGAUCUAUGUUCAUGCCUUUGAUUACUUGUGCUUCCAUCUAAUA